UUUCCCCCACCUCUUCCUGUUCCUUUCUUCUUUUCUCUUCCAGAAGCCCUUCAGAGGCCAGUAGCGUCUGACUUUGAGCCCCAAGGUCUGAGCGAAGCAGCUCGUUGGAACUCCAAGGAAAACCUUCUUGCUGGUCCCAGUGAAAAUGACCCCAACCUUUUUGUUGCACUGUAUGAUUUUGUGGCCAGUGGGGAUAACACCCUAAGCAUCACUAAAGGUGAAAAGCUCCGGGUUCUGGGCUACAACCACAAUGGGGAAUGGUGCGAGGCCCAGACCAAAAAUGGCCAAGGGUGGGUCCCGAGCAACUACAUCACGCCAGUCAACAGUCUGGAGAAACAUUCCUGGUACCACGGGCCCGUGUCCCGCAACGCCGCCGAGUACCUGCUGAGCAGCGGGAUCAACGGCAGCUUCUUGGUGCGGGAGAGCGAGAGCAGCCCCGGCCAGAGGUCCAUCUCGCUGAGAUACGAAGGGAGGGUGUACCACUACAGGAUCAACACCGCUUCCGAUGGCAAGCUCUACGUCUCCUCAGAGAGCCGCUUCAACACUUUGGCGGAGUUGGUUCAUCAUCACUCGACUGUGGCGGACGGGCUCAUCACCACUCUCCAUUACCCAGCCCCCAAGCGCAACAAGCCCACCGUCUACGGCGUGUCCCCCAACUACGACAAGUGGGAGAUGGAACGCACGGACAUCACCAUGAAGCACAAGCUGGGAGGCGGCCAGUACGGAGAGGUGUACGAGGGCGUGUGGAAGAAAUACAGCCUGACGGUGGCCGUGAAGACCUUGAAGGAGGACACCAUGGAGGUGGAAGAGUUCUUGAAAGAAGCCGCAGUGAUGAAGGAGAUCAAGCACCCCAACCUCGUGCAGUUGCUGGGGGUCUGUACCCGGGAGCCCCCGUUCUAUAUAAUCACUGAGUUCAUGACCUAUGGGAACCUGCUGGAUUACCUGCGGGAGUGUAACCGGCAGGAGGUGAACGCUGUGGUGCUGCUGUAUAUGGCCACGCAGAUCUCGUCAGCCAUGGAGUACCUGGAGAAGAAGAACUUCAUCCACAGGUAGGGGCCUGGCGGAGCAGCCCUCCUCGCGGCGCCGCGGAGCGGGCGUGGGGCCCGGGCAGCCUCCUCCACGAAGCUCCAGCCCACAGGGCGUGAGGGCUCAGCCUCUCGCCUCAGCGCCGGCGGCACGUCGGACGCUGGAACAGAGGCAGACGCCGGGUUCCUGACUUUGCCAGCUCCGGGCGCGCGUCUGGGCCCACGGGGCAGUGGAUCCCUGCGGUAAGAAACACUUCCCUCGGGAGCAUCUUGGACUGAGCGGAAUAUCCAGCGAAGCCCCUCAGAGGCGUCCGUGC